AUAAGAAUGAUGAGAGUUACAAUAUUCCAAUUUUCUUGAGACAAUAAUGGAAAUUUAAUAUUUCGGAUUUUUUUUUUUAAUAUUGUUCAAUCAAAUCAAUUGUUUAGAAGUCAGAAUCAGUCAUAAUUCAGAUGGGUUUUAACUGUUUUGAGUAAAGUUUUCAACUUUUUGUUGAAUUCAGCAACAAAUAAGAAACCGGUUGGAUCUAUUCUAACGGGGCUGUAUCUCCAUCCCUUUUUUCAAGCACAGAUAUUUUCUGUUGACGUUUAUUGCACUAGCAUGCACAGGUUAUUUGAGAGCAUAACUUUCCCUUCGGAUUCAUGGUUUUCUGGCUCUGAUUUUUGUAUUGGACAGAUUAUCAAAAUGGCAACUAUGGCAGCAGCUUCCAGCUUUGCAGUGGCAUCUGGGUCUGAACCUAAAGCAACACCAAAGAAAAUUGGGUUCUUGAAUCGGACGGUGACUCAUGCUGGAUUAAGAUGCUUGAACAUUGUGGAUAAGUUGCAAAGCAGAACCACCACUCAACAAUUAAGGAAGAAACACGUCAAGAAACAGAAGGCUAUGCCGGGUGUGGUUAUGGAUUGCAGAAGUGGGAUGAACAUGGUUUUUGUUGGAGCAGAAGUUGGUCCUUGGAGCAAGACCGGUGGACUUGGAGAUGUUCUUGGUGGUCUGCCACCUGCAAUGGCGGCCAAUGGACAUCGUGUCAUGACUGUGGCUCCACGCUAUGAUCAGUACAAGGAUGCCUGGGAUACAGGUGUUGCUAUUGAGGUUAAAGUUGGAUAUAUAACUGAGAAAGUUCGCUUCUUCCACUGCUACAAGCGAGGUGUUGAUCGUGUGUUCAUUGACCACCCCAUGUUUCUUGAAAAGGUGUGGGGGAAAACUGGAUCCAAAAUCUAUGGACCUACCACUGGAACAGACUACGAAGACAACCAACUUCGAUUCAGCAUGUUAUGCCAGGCAGCUCUAGAAGCGCCGAGAAUUCUAAAUCUUAACAGCUGUGAAUAUUUCUCUGGACCCUAUGGUGAAGAUGUAGUGUUCAUUGCCAAUGACUGGCAUACUGCCCUUCUUCCCUGCUACCUGAAAUCCAUGUACAAAUCGAAGGGAAUGUAUGAAACUGCCAAGGUUGCUUAUUGCAUCCACAACAUAGCAUAUCAAGGUAGAUUUUCAUUCGGCGACUUCUCGCUUCUCAAUCUUCCAGAUGCAUUCAGGAGCUCAUUUGAUUUUAUAGAUGGGUAUGAAAAACCUGUGAAGGGAAGGAAAAUCAAUUGGAUGAAAGCUGGCAUAUUAGAGUCUGACAAGGUCUUAACUGUUAGCCCAUAUUAUGCUGAAGAACUUGUUUCCGGCGUAGAAAAAGGAGUGGAAUUGGAUAACAUCAUUCGUAAGACCGGUAUCACUGGAAUUGUUAAUGGUAUGGAUGUCCAGGAAUGGAACCCAUCCACUGACAAAUACAUUAGUAUCAAAUAUAACGCUUCAACUGUGAUGAUUGCAAAGCCUCUUCUGAAGGAGGCUCUCCAAGCUGAAGUAGGGUUGCCAGUGGAUAGAGACAUCCCUAUUAUAGGGUUCAUCGGCAGACUUGAAGAGCAGAAAGGUUCAGACAUUCUUGUAGAAGCCAUUCCUCAAUUUAUUAGGGAGAAGGUUCAGAUUAUAGUCCUUGGAACUGGCAAGAAGCCAAUGGAAGAGCAGAUUCAACAGCUGGAGAUAUUAUACCCUGACAAGGCCAGAGGUGUAGCAAAAUUUAAUGUUCCCUUAGCCCAUAUGAUCAUAGCAGGAGCAGAUUUUAUUUUGCUUCCAAGCAGAUUUGAGCCCUGUGGUCUCAUUCAACUCCAUGCUAUGCGUUAUGGAACUGUGCCUAUUGUUGCAUCAACUGGUGGGUUGGUUGACACUGUUAGAGAGGGUUUCACAGGGUUUCAGAUGGGAGCCUUCAAUGUCGAGUGUGAUGCCGUUGAUCUUGCAGACGUGACAGCAGUGGCUUCAACCAUCAGAAGGGCCUUAAAGAGCUAUGGUACACCAGCUCUGGCAGAAAUAAUCGAGAAUUGCAUGACUCAAGAUCUUUCAUGGAAGGGACCUGCUAAGAAAUGGGAGGAGAUGCUGUUAAGCCUAGGGGUAGCUGAAAGUAAUCCCGGUAUUGAUGGCGAGGAGAUUGCGCCUCUUGCAAAGGAAAACGUAGCAAACCCAUGAGGCAGUAGAAGCUCGGUACAAUUGGAGGGCAUUUGUCUUUAAGCUGGAGAAAGCAUAUCAAAGCUAUGCAUUAUUUUGAUAAUAACAAUAAGGAAAACAUGCUGGUUCCAACAUCCUCUUGACAACAUAACAUGCUCGUACGAGAACAGACAAGGUUUUCAUUUUGCUAAAAGAAAUGCACCCACAUUUUAUGAGACGAACAGCUUGGCACCGCACUAGGUUUUCUUUAGCUUUUUUUCGUAAGUAGUCUGUAUCAGAGGUGCAGCCCUCUUCGAUUAGGCAAAAAGAACAAAAAUGGGUUCGUUCGUCGAGCAUGCAAUGGAAUGGACUCAUUCACCAAAUAAUUGUAAAUUUGACUA